CAACAACACACAUCAAUAUGAAUAAAUUCUAUCCGCCAAAACCGAAAAUAAAUGCAUUCAACGAUUUGUUCCAGUGUUAUCUGUGCCAAGGCUAUCUAAUAAAUCCCACAACCAUAGAUGCCUGUUUACAUACCUAUUGUCGUAGUUGUAUUGUAAGACAUUUGGCCGAAGAUUACUAUUGUCCCCGCUGCAAGGGGAAUGGAGGCAAAACAGUAACACAUUCAAAUCUGAAAUCGGAUAAUGUUCUGCGUUCAAUCAUCUACAAAUUGGUACCUGGUUUAUAUCAAAAAGAACGUGAACGCGUAGUGCAAUUUGUAAAUAAUGCCAAAAAUGAGGGAUCAACAUCCGCGGAUACCCUCAACGCUCUGUUGGAGAGUGACGAUGACUUUUAUACAGCCCGAGAUUCCAUCAGUUUAUCAUUGGAAUUUCAUCCACAUUUGGCCGAACAAUGCGACGUAGCGGAUGUACCUCCCGUGAGGUAUCUCAAGUGUCUGGCCAGCUUAAAGAUACAUCAUUUGAAACGAUUUUUAUGUUCCAAAUUCGACAUUGACCCGAGUAAUAGGAAGGUCGACAUUGAAAUCAUCUACGAGGAUGAAGUUUUGCCCAGUGAUUUUACUCUCAUGGAUGUGGCCUAUUGUUAUCAAUAUAAAGGGCAAGCACCCCUUAAGUUAUACUACCGAAUUUUAAUAUAUCCCGAGGAGCAUUUCAAAACUCCUGAAAUUGAUAAUCAAAGUGGAAUAAAAACAAAUGAAUUGUCCACCAACCACACAAGUAGUGAGUCGAAGAAGUCGACUAAAGAUGAAACAGCAUUCCUUACACCAUCUCCGGUUACAACCAAAUUGAAAACAUCUAAAACACCCGCCUCAAAACACCAAUCAACGGAUCAAUCCGUAAAGAUGACCAUCUCAUCCAAGCCCACUGAAUCUGCAAAGAAAUCGGUUUCAAAAAGAUCUUCCCUGGUGGAAGACUUUACCAUACCCACCACUACCACCAAUGAUUUCAAGUCAUUACGAAGUAAUGAUAUUCGUUACAGUCAAUUUGGAGUACCGCCCACUCCUCCUACCACUCCCACAACCCUCGUCGGCAAUAACAGCACUUCGUCGAAAACGAAAGUGAAAUCGACAGCCAGUGUUGUAAUCAAGGAGGAGAAACCCCCCAAAUGUGAUAUUGUCGUUAGCAUUCCGCACAAUCAAAUGCAGGAUGAAUGGGACACCAAACCGUUGUCACAGCUGAAGACGGCCUGCAAAAAGUCGCCACCGACUAGCAACGCCAGUGAUGACACCACAACGCCAUCUUCUGCGUCCUCGAAAAAAGUCCGAAAUGUACCCAAGCUAAAAAUUGAAUUGAACAGCUUGAAGACAAAGCUAAUCGAGAAACCCAAAUCGGCUGAUAUUCGCCUGGACACCUUAAUGUUGAAACAACACAAACCUCGAAAGUUUUCUUUGGACGAACCACAGCUGAGCAAUGACAAGGUGGACUUGGAGACAUAUGUCAAAAAUAUCGGCUUAAAGCCCAUUGAAGUUCAAACAUCCAUCCACACUGCUCCGGCUGAAAUGGAAACAGCCGGUAAAUUCACACCAAAUGCCUCGCCCAGAUCUUCAUGUUCCUCUUCGACCACCUCUUCGUCGAAUGGCUAUUUACACGUGUCAGGCACUGAGCAUAGCAAGUCGUCGCACAAGAAACGCAAGAAGAAACACUCAAAGGAGUCAAAGGAUUCGAAGCGUAGCAAGAAGAUGCAUGCGGAGAUCUCAUCACAAAUGGCCGACGAGAGUCUUAAAAUGAAGGUGAAACUCACCACUCCAUUGAGCAUUAAACCUUCGAAAUUGGAAAGCAAGAAAUCACCACACAACGAUAAGAUUUCAACGGACCACUUCAGUUUCGAUAAGCCUCACAAAUCCGCAGAAAAUAAAACUAAACUUGUCUAUGACAAUUCAAAGGUCGUAGAUGUGGAGAAAUCCUACUCAGUUAAGGAUAAGUUCCAAUUCCCCUCGGAGAAGAAAUCUGCUGUAGAUUCUUCUUCUUCGUCUGCACAAAAACUUAAGCCCUUGGCCAUUAAAACUACUGCCAAGGAUUUCGAAGAUGACGAUGACAUCAGCAUGCCCGACAUAGCCACAGCUCUGUCGCUCAGCAAACCUUUAGCAAAUAUCAAAGACUCCAAAUUACCUCAUUCACCACCUUUGCCUCCUAGUCUUUUCAAAACCACCCCUCUAACAUUCUCCACCUUUACUCCCAACGUUAGUACCGUGGCCAACAAGACCAAGCCCGUGGUAACCGCUGCCAAACAAAUCAAAGAUAAACCUGUAGUACAGCCCAUAAAAAUGAAACCCCUGGCUCCGAAACCUAUGCCACCCACCACAAAGCCGCCCAACAGCACACCCAUUAAACCGCCACAAUUUGCAGUUCCUAAUCUACCGCGUUUAAUGGCUUCAAACUCGUCAAAGUUCCUUACCUCUACACCCUCGUCCAUAGCCAGCUCGGCCAAUAAGCAUAUGGGAAAUUUACUCAAACGUUCAGCGUCGAUGGAUGAAGGAAAAUCCGCAAAACAAAGCAAACUGGAUAAACCACAUCAGAUUACGGUCAGUGCCUAUGGCAGUAAUUUACAGGUGACCAAAGUAGAAGUGCCCGCCACCCCGACUUCAUCCACAGCAAAAGCCACGUACGAAAUACCCCUCUACUCGCCGCUUUCAGCGUCAUACAAUCCGAAAUGUUCAUUUACUGUUGGUUCCACCACAUCGGGUAAUAGAACUAAUUUACCAAGUUCACCCAGUGGAUCCAUGGCCCCUAACUGUAAAUCUCCAAUUUUCACAACAAACACCACAUCCCUAAAGAAAUCCGAAAAAGAGGUGGCGAAAGUAACUACAGCAACAGCAACAACAACCACAAGCUCGUCAAGUCUCACCACAAACACCAGCCUAAUGAGUUUCAGCCUCAAUAAAACUCCAACAUUAAUGGGUCCACCUACAAAUCUGCCCAAGUUGAAUACCGUUGUACCCACAUCUGUAAAAUCCCCACCUCUAGGAAGUUUAGUCCAUAAACCACUAUCUGGCACAUCCUCCUUGGGCUUAAUAAAUGCCAGAUCCAAUUUGAGCAACUCAUCCGCCUUGCAGAGCUGCCCGAAAGCAGAGAGUAUCACAUCACCUUCAACUAGCACAAUUAAAAAUGCAAAUAGUGGACCUAUGGAGAAGCCUACCAGUAGCCUUCGACAAUUCCGCUUGCCUUCACGUGAAUCAGGCCAAGAUAUUUUAGAUUUGUCGGCAACCCCAAAGACUCCUAAUGGCAUUCAGAGUGUGGAAAAGAAAUCUAUUUCGAAACCAACAACACCAACUGUUAGCAUUCCUGGCUCUCCCACAAUGGUGUCGACUGGUUCGCCACUGGAGAUGGCUUUGUCAAAAAUUAAGCAGAAUAUUACCAACAACAUUAGUCAGGAAAGUAAAUCAAAUACUACCACCAUUGAUUUGAAGCCGAAUUCGGAGGAUUUGCAAAAUCUUCAUUUACUGUCGGAGUCGGCAACAGCUCGUGAAAAAAUUGCAAUCACAUCGCCGGGUUCUUCUGCGACGACUUCAACGACAUCGGUGUAUGAAAAACCGAAAAUCAAUACAAAUUCGUUGGUGCGGCAACAAAAUGCCUCAGUGCGCAGUAUACCUAAUCCUUCUGCGUUGGCAUUCCGCAAUCACCAGCCUGCAGCCAACAACAUACCCAUGGUUACCAUAGCUGCUCCUCUAAUUUCAAGCCUUAGCAAUGAAGUCGACAAAACUUUCCUUUCCAAACAACCGACAUCGCCUCAUUCCCCGCUUAGUUCGCUGCCCCUCGGAUCUAACGUUACUACCUCUUCAAUUACGCCUCUACGCAAUACUAUAACGGCCACUUCUCUAUCCUCGAAACGUCAUCCCUCUAUUGACCAGGUUGCUGCCAGUUUAAAUAUUAGAGCCACAGCAGCAGCCGCUGAAGCUUCGGCUAAAUCGAAUCUGAAACAAUUGGAUGACAUAACGUCCAAGUCCACAUUGGCGGAAAUGAAUGGCGGAAGCAAACUUAAGCAACAAAUCAAACAGGAAGCGGUAGAGCAACCUACAACCACUACAACAGCCGCUGGUCCAGUGAUUUUGGCGUCCCCAAAAAUUAGUCAGACCUCAUCAGCAAUGCAUUUAUCGGAGGUUAGCUCUACGGAGAUUGUGGAAAUUAAAAAAGAACCCGAAGAAAGAUGCAGUGAAGCUUCAUCAUCGUUGGCGGGGGGCGGAGAUGAACAAAGGGAAGUCAAAGCGAUUUUCACCGUUAGCAGUAAUAAUAACAACAACAAUAACAACAGCAUCAGCUCCAACAAUACUCAUCAAUCGUCAACCCCAACGCCAGCAUCCUCGUCUUUGGUGUCGAAGGUAGAAAAUCUUGUGACGUCAGUGAUUAAUGUCUCUACACCCACAUCCAGUCUGUUGACCACAAGCAGUGCAGGCUAUUGA